AAUAAUAAAUAAUAAUAAAAAAUUAAGAUGCCAUUGGCUAUGGGGCAUGUCAUCUUCUAUUUACCAGAAAGUAAAAAGAUAUGAUGAAAGCCAAAUAAAAAUAAAACAUGAAUAAUUAAAAUUCUAGUAUGGUUGAUACCAUGAAAGAAGGAGAUAAACAAUCUGCAGUGCUUGAAGCAUAGAACUUUUCAACAAACUUUUUCUCUUUCCUACAAAUUCCAUAGCUUGACCUCACAUUCAGAUUCAAAUAUUGAAUGGAUGGCCUCCCUCGCUCCAUGCCUAUUAAUUACCAAAUUCCCUUUCCUGCCAAAACAACAAUUUAGGGUUUUCCCAACCCUAGGGUUUACUUUUUCCAUUCCAUCCCAAAUCCCAAUUAAUUCCUCGCACCAUCUCCAAUCCCAAAAAAGUGAACGCUGAUGACGGGGAAAGCGAAGCCGAAGAAGCACACAGCCAGGGAGAUCGCGGCGAAGGCGGACGCCGCCACCACCAACCGCGGCGGCGGGAAGGCCGGCCUGGCGGAUCGGUCCGGCGUGGAGAAAGGGGGCCACGCGAAGUACGAGUGCCCUCACUGCAAAGUAACCGCACCCGAUGUUAAAUCCAUGCAGAUUCACCACGACGCGCGUCACCCCAAAAUCCCGUUCGAAGAGGACAAGGUCGUCAACCUUCACGCCACCUACGUCCCAGAGCCCUCCAAGCCCCGCCCCGGCGUUCGCGGAAGCCUCAAGAAGUGAUUCCAUAUACCCCUUCUUUCAUGCUUUUCACUUCUUUUUUUCUUUGAUUCCUCAAGUUUAUUUUUUUAGGGUGGUUUGAUGUGGGUAUGUUUUUUAGGGUCAUUCAUCGUAGAGAAGGACUUUUUUGUUAGGAUGAGAUUUUUGUUGUUUAUUGCCCCCCUUUUUUUUAAAGGAUGAAAUGUAUAUUGUUCUCCAUAAUAUCGUGUUGUUCACCUACCACUUACAACCUUGUUGUGUAUAUUAAUUAAUAACUCCGUUGGAUUGUUUUUGUUUCUUUUGUUA